AUGACGAGUUGGAGGUUUUCGGCCAUCAAAGCCGCAUGCUAUGCUGUAAUCUCGGCGAGGCCUGUUGUGCCAGAAACGGACCAGCCGACGAAAGAUAAAGGCCAUGACGGGCCCCAGUUGCCUGCGUCUGCAACGUGGGACAACAGAUCUCCAAAGCUGCAUAUCGAGCUUGCCGCAAGGUUACCCAACGACGGAGCCCAAAAGAGAGGAGGUAACUCAUCGAGAGGAAGGUGCGAUGCCAAACGGUUGCCUCCAUUGUUAUCAACAGUAUCCGGCAGGCACAAUCAGGUGUCGCAAUCCCCAGCUGCUUACGUCCCCAACCCAGCCAAGACCGCCCGCCGUGAGCGUCGUCAGACUUGCAUGAAAGCCCAAAACCACCCAAAGCGCAUGCGUGCGAUGCCUAAACCCUCCUUCAAGGUAGUUAUACAACCCUCCCGCAAUCUCUUCAAGCCCAAACCCAAAAUCAGCCCACAUCAUCGUCAUCGCAACAUCGCCCUUGCCGGCGUUGCCGCGCCCAGGAGGACGCUGCCACCGGACCUGACCGCCUACCGCGGCCGCGUGAUGGGCGGUCACACCGGUCUCUCUCCACCGUGCUCUUCUCUCUCAACAAGAGCAAGAGGCGGCGGAUCAGCCGCUGCCCUUCGGCUCGGAUAUUGCGAACGCCCACUGCAGGGAGGGGGGGAUGAUCCCUCCUCAAAAGUCCUUCAGCCGGCUCGAGGCCGGGAACAUGUGGCCGUCGCCGAGCCAAGCAGGAAACCGGGCGCUUCAAUGGGCCCGACUUCAUCCGGGCGACGACAACCAACUAACUACGAGCGUGAGCAAAAUCCCAGCCGCCCACCCGGCAGCGACAGAUGCAGGUCUCACCUCAGCGAGUCAGCACACCAAGACCUGCAAUAG